ACGGAAGGGCAUUUUACUCUUUUCACUAUACUCAUUAAUACACAGCCACCUUUUUAAUUUGUCUGUUUCACAACUAAUACAACAACAGUUGGCCAAAAAAUUCUGUUGUUUUCACUUCUUUCUUCCCCUGUCCUACUGUUCCCUUCCUUUUCCCCCCAUCCCCCUCUCUGCUUAUCAAAAGUACAUCUUUGUUCUUGCCCGCUUAGUCGAUUGGCUGCAUCUCCAAUUUUUUUGCUGUGAAUUUCAUCAGUGGUGGUUUCAAUUUCUGUUUUCUUGAAUUCGACAGGUACAUUCUUGUUGGUGUCAUCAAUGAGAUAUUGAUUAGUAUUGAAGUCGGUUCUUAGCAGUCAUGGACGUUGACGCAGCUUCAGCAUUUAACGAUCAGAAGGAAAAGCUGAAUACUUUUCUUGAGAUUGCCAAUACAGAGAAGCAACUGUUGACAUCAAUUUACUCUAAAGGCCUUGUGCACAAAGAUGUCCAGGAAUUGUACCGUAGAGCCCGUAGCAGCUAUGAGAAUAUUAUUUUAAAUAAUUAUGAAGUAGUGGGGCUUCAGGAAGUUGAAUUCUCUCUGUGGAAACUUCACUAUAAACACAUUGAUGAGUUCCGUAAAAGGAUUCGGCAGGCUAAUGCUGAGAAAAGGAAAAGUGAAGCACAAGAAGGUGAUUCAAGUGCUGCCCGAGAGAUUGACAAUCAUAUGGAAGGGCUCAAGUCAUUUCUAUCUGAAGCUACUGAAUUUUAUCAGGAGUUAACUAAAAAACUCAGGAAAAGUUGUGGGCUCCCUAGGGAACUCUUACUUUGUAAGAAUGGUAGCAGCUCACUUCCUCUCUUACCCAUGAAGCUACCACAAUGCCAAUAUGCUUGUCACCGUUUUCUUAUUUGUCUGGGAGAUCUGGCCAGAUAUGGUGAACUUUGUAAGAAACCGGAUGCAUGUACGUGGUCAUUCGCGGCCACAUACUACUUUGAAGCAUCUAGGAUAUGGCCAGACAGUGGAAAUCCGCAUAAUCAGCUUGCACUAUUGGCAACAUACAUUGGUGACCCUUUCCUUGCCUUGUACCAUUGCAUUAGAAGUUUAGCUGUUAAGGAACCAUUCCCUGAUGCCUGGAACAAUCUUAUGUUACUCUUUGAAGAGAACAGGUUAUCUAAUUUGCAUUCACUGUCCAGUGGAGCACACCUUGAUUUGCUAAAACCAUCAGUUUGGUGUUCCAUGGAUGCUAUAAAUGGUGCAACCAGCGGUUCUUCAAACAAGAAUAUGCCAGAAGCCCCUGAAACUGUUACCUCUGGAAAAGCUGAUAUAUGGCUUCUGUUUGUCAGAUUGAUGAGUUUUUUUCUCGUGCACACCAGCUUGGAAAACUUUCAAUCUACUCUUGCAUCCACUGUCAGACAAUUGGAAGGUCUAGUGGUAAUGGAUGGUGAUGAACUAAAGGCUGCUCUAGAGUCCUACCAGUUAAUGGAUCCAUCGAGAAAAGGCCCUUAUUGUGCUCUUCAGCUUGUCUCCAUUUUCAUCUUUAUCUUCCAUAGCCUGACUGAGAGUGGGGAUGGAGUGGAUCCAAAGAAAGAUAACAAGCAGCAAUCUGCUUUGACACAACUGGCAGUAGCUGCUACUUUCAUUUGCAUUGGUCGCCUUGUUGAGAAAACUGUAGCAAGAAAUAACACACAAACUUGCCCCCUUUUACCCACUGUCUGUGUGUUUGUAGAGUGGUUAGUGAACGUACUUGAUAGAGCAGAAGCACAUGCAAGAGAUGAAAAGGUCCAGAGUGCUAUGUCUUACUUUUUUGGUGCUUUAGCUGAUCUUCUGAAUCGGCUUGAUCCUUGUGAGAACGGCCUUGCUUCAGAAAAUAGUGCUCUUUGGGAAGACCAUGAACUGAAGGGGUUUGAUCCGUUGGCCCAUGCUCACAAGUCUUUGGACUUCACGAGCCAUUUGGAAUCCAUAGAUAAUUUCAAUAAUAAGAGUGUGUGUCGUUCACGGCGUAUCUUUUGUGCAGCAACUAAACUGGCUGACAGAUCCAGUCACUUAAGAAAAUGGAUCUCUCAUGAUAAAACAGGCAAAAGAUUCUACAUCAUGGAGUCAGAAUUAGCGGAUAAGGAAAAGUCAGGAGUAGCUGAAUCUGGUUCGACUCUUCAGCUAAAAGGAUCUUAUCAGAAUAAUUGUGGAAUGGCGAAAGAAAAUGGAGAGAGUCAAGAUCACCCUUGCCGCAACAGCCAAUCCAUUACCACAGAUGAGGAAGAAGUCAUUCUUUUCAAGCCCAUCACAAGACAUAACUCUGCACCAAUAUAUACAUCAGGCACCUCAUGCGAUCAAUCCUCCAUCAACGUUGUCUAUGGAACUACACCGUCUGAUGAAUCAUUGCGCCGUGCCACAUCAUUGAUUUCUGAGCAAAGCCAACCACAGAAUGAUAUUUUCAGUUUCCGCCCGGAAAAUACAAACUUGAGGUACAGCAAGCCACUCAAGCAGUCUGCUGCUUUCCCUGCCGGACCACCAUCUCUGAGUGCUUGGGUCCUUGAGAAGGAAAGUCCAAGAAACGAGAGGGGGACAAGGGAUUUAAAUAAGCAUCAGUUAAGCCCAAUCGAUGAACUAGCUUCUGAAUCCUUAUCUGAUCUCUCCUUAAAGGAAACUAGAGAUCACAAAGUUUGUUCCAUGCCAGUUUCUGCAGCUAUACAUGAUACUCCUCCUCCAUAUAUCUCUCCCGUGCCCUCAGCUCCAUUAUUACCCGAAGAUGCUUCUUGGUUUAAGGGAAACACACCACUUUUUCCUAACAAGAGUGCAUUUGGGACCAAGGAAGGGGACGGUAUUCUUGGCGCAUCACCAGUGAGUGGAUACUCAAGUCCAUCUACAGUUCGUGGACCGCUUGAUUUUGUUGCAGGUGGUACAGGAUUUGUUGAGGGAUACCCACCAUUACUUGGAAUGAGUUCAUCUGAAUGGCUAUAUCACUACAGAAACAGUCAGAACUUCGAGCGAGUCAGCAAUCCAGUAUGGCCUGUUCACUCUAAUGCACCAGCAAACUAUGGAAACCUGAACGCGACCAAUCUUACCAGGUUUGAUGUUUUAGAUCAGUGGGGAAAUCACUUGGCUUCUAGUCCAAUGGUGUACUUGGAGAGCCCACAGUUGCAUCCAAGUCCUCCCCUCGCCUAUGGCGCAGAAGAACAAAGAACGGAUAAACAUUUUCUUGGUUACCAAAGAGCAUCCCCGUAUGUAUGUGGCACUGGAAUGGACUUGAGAUCGGAGCAGCCAACGCUUCUUAACUAUCUCAAAGAAAGAGAACGGCAAAUACCGCCAGAGUCUCAAUUUAAAGGUCCUAAUUUCAUGGGAAACUAAGAUCUAUCAUCAAUACUCAUAAUUCAGGCAUUUUUCAACCUGCAUUGCCUUACUAUAUAUAUAAAUGAAUUGCGGCAACAUGAACUUUGUAAGUGUGAAAUCUGUAAAAUGUAUGUUUUUGAUAGGUUGUGAGCUGAGAAAGUGCUUUCAAGAAUGUUGUAACCUGUAGAAUUGUUCAAGAUGAAUGCUCAUUUCUCAUUUUGUAAAGUUAUCUUGUGGACCGGA